AUGUAUCGUUAUUUGCUUGAAAUAUAAUAGAAACCUUAGACAGAUAAUUUCAUUCUUUACCACACUCUACUACAAGCAUCAGCAUACAAAGAAAACAAUCGUGUGUUGUUGUAGGCCUAAUAACGGAAGCAAAAUGUUUGCGUUGAUCUGUGUUUUCUUUGUGAUUAUUUCGAGAGCAUAUGAAUGGGAGCCUCCAACUGCUAAUGCUGAGAGAACCGAGUCUUUUUAUUCCCUUGCAAAUGACGAGGAGUCUAGUGCAGUGUUCCACAAUACAUACAAUUUCUAUUACGGCAGCGGUGAAGUUACCAACAGUUGUGAUUUAUGUUUUAAAAUGUCCUUCUCACAGCAAGAAGCUAUUAGAAGAUGGCAGCGUUCCUUCGAUGGCAUGUCUGGAGAAGAGCUGGUGAAUUCUGUUGUUUCAAGCACUUCUCCAAUACAACUGACCGUCAAACAAGAAUGCCAACUCUUAACAUCUAACAGGGGCUUCUUCACGCCUCGACAUUAUGAUGCAGAUGCUGAAGUGUGUACAUCUAUCCUUGGAGCGUCAGGAGAUGCACGCAGAGUAGGAUUUUCACCACCAAUAAGUGGUGCAGCCGGUACGUUAGAUGCUCCCGAGGGAUGUAGUGAUCUUGCAGAUGUAUGCUUAACGAUUGAAAGCACCAUUAUACCAGGGGUAGCUCUCACUGUCGAUGGGAACGUGCCUGUCAUUAUUCUUCAGCUACCGACGCUUGGAUACAAUCAAGAAUUUUUAGAAAACACGUGCUCAAGUGAAAGUUGCGCCUGGCCGCCAUUUGCAUACAAUGGCUUUGUAUGUUUGUGUUGCCAGGAGACACGGGGUGAGAACGCAUUAGUUACCGGGCUAACUCCCGGAGUUUCAGAAGUUGUCAAGAUCGUCAUCACCAAUGGUAAUUGUGUUGCAAAGUUAGAACCUGUAGCAAACUAAUAGGGUAAAUAUAACCCUGUUUUACUAAGUUAUGGUAGCAGUGGCGUAUCUAGGAGCCUUGAAAUAAUGUAGUGGGUAGGGAUGAUGGGGGCGCAAAGGUGGAGUGGAGAGAUCGAUGAAUAAGUGAGGGGCGCUAGGUGAUGAUACGGAGUGAAUUUAAACUACUUCAGUGCGAUUUUUGUUUUCCUUCGGACAUGGUGACAUUUUCAAUGGGGUUGGGGGGGGGUGGCGACUAGGAGGCGCGAGAUUUUAGAGGGCAUACCGGUACCAUCCGCUAGAUACGCCACUGGAUAAAAGUAGGUAUAUAGACGUCUAAAUACCAAUUAUUAUAAUCUGGUUGAUUUAUCUAUACUUUGUAUGGCCGUGUAAAUCGAUAAACUAUAUGUAGUAAAACGAAUUAAUUAGCAUUCCCAAGCAGUGGCGGCUCUAGAAUAUAAUUUAUGGGUGGGGGGGAAGAGGGACUCAGCAUUUAUGGGUGUAUCUAUAGCGCGCAGCAUUAUCUGAGGGCCUAAAGUUCAAACCGGUGGUGGGUAACGAGAUUUUUUUUUUUAAUUGGGACUUCUAGAUGGCCGUCAAUGGUCGAUUCACCAUUGUUACCGUAUAUUCUGCUUGACUGAUCAGACCCAGACGAAGCGAUUGCUGAGACAGAUUUGGCUCGGCGUAGGCAGUACAGUACUGGGAUGGGAAAACUAGGCCUAUUUUUUUUUUAUUUUUUUUUUGGACCGAUGGGGAGGAGGGCUUGACGAGACUGAUGAGUGGGGGGGGGGGGACUUAAGCCGCCACUGUUCCCAAGGGAGCAAACCUAUUGUAAUGUUUUUGUAUUGUUUGUGGUGUCGUUUAUGUUGUUGGUCGUGGUUUGGUUGGGCUUGACCAGACUGAUAGGGGGUGGGGGGACUUAAGCCGCCACUGUUCCCAGGGGAGAAAACCUAUUGUAAUGUUUUUGUAUUGUUUCUGGUGUUGUUUAUGUUGUUAGUCGUGGUUGGGUUGCGGUUCUUCACUGUAAAAUACACUAUAAAUUCCUUGAUUUUGAAUUAUUACAUCAAUUUAUCAAAUAAAACACAGUAUAUUUUUAUUUUUAGGUUUAUAGGCGUCUAAAUACCAAUUAUAAUAUUCUAUUUGAUUUGUCUAUAUUUUGUACGGCAGUGUUUAUUGAUAAACUACUGUGUAUUUAAAAAAAAAUUAUAUUGUAUUGUAAUGUUUACGUAUGUUUGUUGUGGUAUUGUUGAUGUUUGUCGUUGGUGGUCGGGUUGAAUUUCAAAAUUCAUUUAUCAAUUUAUCAAAUGAAACACAGUUUAUUUACAUUUUGAGACGUAUUAGAAAUUAAUUUUAUCAAUGAGAAGAAUAUAGGAACAAUACACAGAUAAUCAACGAAUAGAUUUACACCUAUAAUACUCAGAUAAUUAGCGAGAACAUUUAUUCCUUCAGAAUAGUUUAAUUGCAAGUUAAUAACCAUUCAAUAGAUUUAAUUUACCUCCGCCGUGGAACAGAUACUUGUGCCCCUUUUUUUUAAGGAAGAGAUUAUUGAAUUUUGGUAAGAAAAGGUCAAAUCAAAGGACAAGGUCAAGGUUACGGAAAUUAGAUUUCUUACCCUCGAUCUGUGUAUCACAAAUGAACCAAUGUAAAACAUUUUUUAUAUAAUAAAAGAAAAGAAAACAUUA